UGUUCUUACAGCAAGAUGCAUUUUUAUUUUCUUUUAUUGCAUGCUCUUAUUUUCUGCUUGUGUGGUUGUCAUGAAAAGCGGGAUGCUGCCACUGCUCCAAAUGUUGGGGAUCGUGUUCCGUAUGUUAUUAUUAAAGUUGCAAAAGGUGCCAAGGCUUAUGAAAGGUCGGAGGAUCCUAUCUUCGUGCUAGAGAAUAACAUUCCAAUUGAUUCCCAUUACUAUCUCGAAAAUCAAAUUAGCAAGCCGCUUUUGAGAAUAUUUGAUCCCAUUCUGAAGAAUGCGGAAAAGGAACUUCUCCAUGGCAGCCACACAAGAUCAGUUUCCAUUUCAACUCCUUCAAACAGCGGUAUCAUGAAAUUUGCUAAGAAACAACUUUGUUGCAUUGGCUGCAAAGCUCUAAUCAGGUAAGUUUCCUACAUUUGCUAAGUUAUGGUCCUAGUGCAUAAUUGUCAAUGUAUCGUGUGUAUGACAUUCACCCCCUCCAAUAGGUUGGUCCGGCCAUGAAGAUCACCUAGCACAUAAAUCGGGUAUAUCCACUCAUCAGAUGUGCCACACAUGUACUUUGGAUCGGCUGAGCGGUUGUCCAUUGUUUUUUGUGGUUUGGCCUACUUGAUUAUUUGAUCAACCUGAAAUUUGCAUCAGGUGUUUUCAUGGAGGUGCCAACCUUUUUGAUUGGUUGGAUGUUAGACACGCUUGAAACAUUGAAUCUUAUGUGCUGGUUGGUCAAUAACCAAUAGUCCAACUAGUUGCACAUGAG